ACCAACAGCCUCCCCCACCGGCGGAGCUGCUCGGUGAGUAACAUCUCUGCAGAGGACCCAGCUGGUGGGUUUGGGUGGAAACCCUGCUUGUAUUUUGCUAGAGGGUACUGAAUCGGAAUAUAGCAAGUCCGUUUUACAUUGAAGUCAGACUUGGGAAAUGAGAAAGAGGCGUCGUAUUGGGUGUGUUUCUCUAUCGGAUACUUUAUUGAAGUGGGCGAAACACAACAAUCAAAUUGAUACCAUAGAUGGAGUGAUGAAGAGACAAAAGUUUCCGGGUAGGGGAUCGAAAAAGGGUUGUAUGCGAGGCAAAGGGGGUCCAGAGAACUCAAGCUGCAAAUUUAGAGGUGUUAGACAGAGGACUUGGGGCAAGUGGGUUGCUGAAAUUCGGGAACCAAUGUGUAGUAGCAUCGAUAAAACGAGAAAGCCUGGUCGGCUUUGGCUAGGUACUUUCUCCUCCGCGGAUGAAGCCGCUGUUGCGUAUGAUCAGGCUGCAAGGGCCAUGUAUGGUCCUGCGGCCAUCCUUAACUUCCCUAAUCAUUAUACUACAUCGGCAGACAUGUCUAGUGAUUCUUCAUCAUAUACUAGUACUGCUCUGACCAUCCAAACACCAACUACUGAGUCUACAGCAACAUCAGUUAAGUGCGAGGAUGAUAUGGUUGAUCAGGAUACAAAGAUUAAACAUGAGUGCCCUGUGGAACAUGAGUGCCCUGUGGAUAUAUCAAACACCUAUGAUGUUACACUGGUGGUCGAGGAAUCGAAGGUUCAGCAGGAGUGCUCUGUAAAGGAACUCAACUGUUCUGAGAUUUUCAUGAACAAGCAAUCAAAAGUUAAGAUAGAGGACACAGAAAAAGAAUGUAGAGAUGUUGGCGGCACAGGACGUGAUAGUGAGCCUCCUAAUGUUAUUGAAGUUGAAACAACUGCAAGAAAUGAAGUAACGAGAGAAGAGGUUGCAGAGAUUACAGAUUUUAGAUGUCUUUAUGACUCAAAUGAAGAGAGCAACUGUUUACAAUGUGUAGAAGCAGCAGAAGCAGUUGAUUUUGAGCCUUUCGAGACUAUUUCCGGAAAUGAAUCCGAACUAAGGCCAGACGGAAACCAUGGUUGUGAUGAUCAAUACUACAAUGAAUGGCAAAACCUGGAUGUUUAUAAUUACUGGCAGAAUAUGUUAGAAGAUCAAACAUUGAAUGUCCAAACUUUAGGGAUAAUCAAAGCGGAUGACAGUGACUGUGGACAACGGGAAAACUACAGUUCAAUUCAAUUAGGGUCCUCUGAUGAUGUACUUUUGACGAAUUACAGUAGCAAGCUUCAUUACUUGGAAAAUUUGCUAAUGCAGGACACAAGCCUAUAUGAGGACUCUAAACUGAGACAAGACCGAAACGAUGAUCUCAGUCAAUCUAUGUUAUAUGAUGAAGAACACAUGAAGCAUGAAAGGCCAUGUGAUCUUUCCAACAAUCUCCAUAAUAGUCAAGGACAACCCAACUUCCAGAAUUCAGUAGUACAGGAAGCAUUUAACCCAGAGAAUUCAGAUGCCAUUAACAAUAUGGAUAACUCCAGAUUGAGACAACAGGAAGAUGUUGAAUUUAGCCAAUCCGGGUUUGUAAUGAAGGUCAAAAGCAAUGUUGGAGGUCAGCAGAUUUCUUCGACGAAUUGAAAAAUGAGGACGCCAAGUUAAAUUUGGAUAAUAUUGAUGCGGCUCUUUUAGAUAAGGAUUACAAUUUUGAUUUUUCAAUCCUAAAUUCCACCGACGAGGAGACAGGACGGCCUGACUUAUGGUUCCCCUAGUUCAAAUUCUAGUAGUUAUAAAGGUUUGGAGGAAACAAGAAGAGAGAUAUUGACGUCCAUGUCAAGGCAACACAGUGAGAAGAUUGGCAUUAUCAGUAGGAACUAUACCGUUGUAUGCCAUAUGAAUUUAGAAAGACCAAAAGGUUUGGAGUACUUCAUUUUUCUCCCCAGACUAUAACUCCUGGAUUUGUACAUACAUCAUUGAAUAGGUGUAGCCAUAUACAGAUUUUUGAUGUAGGAGUAAGUUU